AUGCUUGAAGCUUUUGAGAUCUUGACCACCUCCGGUGUGGUGCUGUGGUCCAAGUCCUACGCUCCUGUGGGGUCUCAUGUCAUUAAUAGCCUGAUCAACGACGUCUUUAUCGAGGAGAAAGUGGUACCUCAGAGCAUCACCGUUACAGGAGCUUCACCUGUUUUCAAGAAGGAGAAAUAUACGCUCAAGUGGAAGCAAGUCAAGGAGUUCAAUUUGAUCUUUGUGGCAGUCUACCAAUCGUUACUUCACCUCGGAUGGAUCGAUAAACUUCUAGAAAAUAUUUCGACGAUCUUCCUCGACGUUUACAAAGACCAGUUGAAGGGCAACCGUACCAGAAUCACCACCUACCGGUUUGAGCCGUACUUUGAGCAGCAGGUGCGAGAGCUCGAAGAUAACACUGGUGGCGUGUCAGAGACACAUGUCUCUUUGACAGAGGAAAAGAAGGACCCGCUUGUUUCCUCGGACAAUGGCGGUCCUCCGCCGCCGAUUCCCGGCCUCAUGAAGGCGCAGCUUGGUGCUGUGCCAGUCGGGGCAGCCUCUGAUAAGGGCACGCCACCGGCAACUCCUGAAAUUUCUAGGUCUUCCACCCCCGUCGCUAGCCAGAUCCUAACUGGUAAGGCUGGGCCUGGUGGCCGGGUCUCUCGCCGUGCUCGGAAGGCUGCGAACGCGACUCCCAAUGCCUCAUCUGGUGAUGAGGUCUCGCGCAAGGUUAAGACUCCCAAGGGAUCUGCCAAGAAAAUGCGUAAAUGGGAUGCUAGCGGAUUUGCUGAUGAAGAUGACGGCGAGAUUUUGGAUUACUCUGCUCCAGCGGAUGAUACAGAUGCUGUUGCACCCGUUGUAGAGGCUGUUGCCCCAGAGGACUGGGGCCACAAAACUGGCAAGGGUCAAUUUGUUCUUAAGGACUUGGGUGAUGAAGUCCACAAUAUCUUGGACAAUGCUGAUGCUGAAAAGAGCAAGACCACUGCAACUUCUGGAUUCCUCGGCUCCGGCUUCAAUGCCGUUGGUGGCCUUUUCCGUAACAUUGUCGGUGGCAAGGUCCUUUCAGAAGCUGACCUCCAGAAGCCACUCAAGGCGAUGGAAGAUCAUCUGCUGAAGAAGAACGUUGCUCGUGAAGCUGCUGUCCGUCUCUGUGAGGGAGUGGAACGCGAGUUAGUUGGAAAGAAGACGGCCAAUUUCCAGAGCGUCGAUGCCGCACUACGUAUCGCCAUGGAGGCGUCUUUACGCAAGAUUUUGACUCCCACAUCCUCGUUGGAUUUGCUGCGCGAGAUAAAUGCUGUGGCAGCCCCAACUACCAAGCAGCACGCUCCCCGGCCCUACGUUAUUUCGAUUGUUGGCGUGAACGGUGUUGGCAAGUCCACAAACUUGAGCAAGAUUUGCUUUUUUCUCUUGCAAAACAACUACCGAGUUCUCAUUGCCGCCUGUGACACAUUCCGUUCUGGUGCAGUCGAGCAACUGCGCGUCCAUGCCCGCAACCUCAAGGAGUUGAGUUCCCGUGAGAACGUGGGUGAGGUCGAGCUCUACGAGAAGGGCUACGGCAAGGACGCCGCCAAUGUUGCUAAGGAUGCAGUAGAGUAUGGAGCCAGCCAGAAGUUCGAUGUCGUCUUGAUUGACACUGCUGGCCGUCGCCAUAACGAUCAGCGACUUAUGUCUUCGCUGGAGAAGUUUGCUAAGUUUGCUAACCCAGAUAAGAUCUUCAUGGUUGGUGAGGCGUUAGUUGGUACAGACAGUGUGAUGCAAGCACGUAACUUCAACCAGGCAUUUGGCACUGGGCGGAACUUGGAUGGAUUUAUCAUCAGCAAGUGUGACACUGUGGGUGAUAUGGUCGGAACACUGGUCAGCAUGGUCCACGCCACCGGUAUUCCCAUUGUCUUUUUGGGUGUAGGACAGCAUUACGGGGAUUUACGUGGACUCAGUGUUCCUUGGGCGGUUGACCUGCUGAUGAAGUAA